AUGGAUUUUGCGGACGUUGAUGGGUGGAUCCAACAUCUUAUGCAAUGCAAGCAACUACCCGAAGCUGAUGUGAAAAGAUUGUGCGAUAAGGCACGCGAAAUACUUAUGGAAGAGUCAAAUGUACAGCCUGUCCGUUGUCCUGUAACAGUGUGUGGUGAUAUCCACGGGCAGUUUCAUGACUUAAUGGAACUUUUCCGUAUCGGAGGCAACUCACCUGACACAAAUUAUCUGUUUAUGGGAGAUUACGUUGACCGCGGUUAUUAUUCCGUCGAAACGGUUACUCUGCUCGUUGCUUUGAAAGUCCGAUAUAGAGAUCGCGUUACUAUUCUUCGGGGUAAUCACGAAUCUCGACAGAUAACUCAAGUUUACGGGUUUUAUGACGAGUGCUUAAGAAAAUACGGAAAUGCAAAUGUGUGGAAAUUCUUUACAGAUCUUUUUGACUAUUUACCGCUAACUGCAUUAAUUGAUGAACAGAUAUUCUGUCUUCAUGGUGGUUUAUCUCCGUCAAUCGAUACGCUCGAUCAUAUUAGAGCAUUAGAUAGGAUCCAAGAGGUACCUCAUGAGGGUCCUAUGUGCGAUUUGCUAUGGUCAGACCCUGAUGACCGCUGUGGAUGGGGAAUAUCUCCCAGAGGAGCAGGUUACACAUUUGGGCAGGAUAUAUCGGAAGCAUUUAAUCAUAAUAAUGGAUUGAAUUUAAUUGCGAGAGCUCAUCAAUUGGUUAUGGAGGGAUAUAAUUGGUCUCAAGAUCGUAACGUGGUCACUAUUUUCAGUGCUCCCAAUUACUGUUAUCGCUGUGGCAACCAAGCAGCUAUUAUGGAGAUAGACGAACAUUUGAAAUAUACAUACUUGCAGUUCGAUCCUGCUCCGAGAAGAGGCGAACCGCAUGUAUCUCGGCGAACGCCCGACUAUUUCCUGUAG